AUGAGUCAUAUCCGAUGGUUAAAUACGAAAGAAGUCAAUAGAAAUCUGGACAAAAUCUGGGCCCUCUGCAACAAUGAUAAAUUCUUGGCCGAGGAGUUAUUGGAUGCGAUUUCAACUGGUUUUACUCAUUUCUUAGUUCUAUAUGCUCUUCAUACUUUGAGAACUCUAACAAAAGUGGGUUUGCGAGGAGAUCUUGCUAGAUUCUACUACAUACCUACUUACAUCAAAAUCAAAGAACGAUUCAAUUUGCCCGCUGAGGGCUCACGGCAGAGUGACAACAAUAUGCCGAAUUCUCAAAGUGUUAGCCUUCCAUCACUUGCUGCUGACAGUAGGCCGCAGUUUAAUAGCGCUUCAGGGAGCGCUCAGAAUAACAAUUCGGCUCCUGUCGCUGAGGUGCAAACGCAAAAUGCUGCUGAAUUAUCGUAUAGGCGAAGUGGUAGUCUUGAGGAUGUGAAUCCUUUGCCAGUGAAACGGUUGAAAGUAGAGCCAGCUGCAGUUGGCAAUACUCCUCUGAAGCUGUUUCCAAGAGAUCGACCUCCUGAUGAUAUACCUGUUUACGACUACAGCAAAGUUAAACGUGAGAAGUUUGAUGUGAAAUUUGCUCAGUUGGAGACAGAGUCUCGGAUUUCCCACAGCUCGUCAUCUCAUCAUAUAUCUGGUUCGGCAUCGGCUUCUGUAGACGAAUGGGAUGAAGUGUUGCGUAGUAUUGACGCAGACCCCGCGGUUCCGCCUCAGUACAAAGUCAUGUUUAGGUGCCUUGUGAUGAGUAAUCGGGAUUUACGAGAUCAUAACAAGAUUUUGAGAUCCCAGCUAGAGAAACGUUAG